AUGUUUUGGUGGAAAAAGCUCUUUGUAGUGGCCGCCAUUGUGGUGAGCACGUGUUCGGCCCAGUUGAUUGACUCAAUUCUGGAAGACGUUUGGGAAAACUCUCAUUAUAGCCGGACGAUUGAUCUUCUGAAGUCUUACGUUAAGGAAACGAAUCUUAUUGAAGCGAAGAACAUCAACACUCAAGCGCAGAGUGUUUACUAUUUUACCGUUAAUGAUGGUUUUGACAUCAUUCCCGAGCUUUCGGUAGUACUGGUCACGUUGUUGAAUCCUAGUCAUGUAGAAGUUGAGUACGAAGAGGUGGUAGCUGGAAAGCUAUUCAAGAUCACCUUACCUGUUCCAAUUUCGCCCAACUCGAGCUUUGAGAUCAAGGUCAACUAUGUCUACAUCGGCACGUUACUGCCAAUGCCAGCCUCGUUGAAGAUGGCAGACACCCAGCUGCUUUUGCUCAAGUUGAACAAGUUUGCCUAUUCGCCAUAUCGUACUACCGACUACUCUUUGACUUUCACAGGUGUAGCCAAAGGUCAAGAGAUGGAAUUGUUGAAGACAGGUAACUUCUCUGCAUCAGACAACGUUCCAGAUGUCAGACCACGUGUAGAGGACAAAACGUUGAAGUAUGGCCCAGUAUUUGAUUAUCUUGAACCAUUCACGUUGCAGCCAAUGGGAUUGUUGUAUGAACACAAUCGUCCUUUGGGUUUCGUCCAGAAUUUGAACAGAUCUGUCUGGAUCCCAGCUUCAAAUGUAAAACAGUUGCCUUUUGAAGAGUACUAUGAGUUGACCAACACUGGUGCAGAGUUGUCAACUGGAUUUUCCAGGGUAGACUGGCUUGUGGGACGUUUUGCAGGUACCAGAAACCAUUGGGCUUUGAGCCAUAUCGAGAUUCCAACAAUAGGUGAUAGUUUUGAUGACUAUUACUAUACAGACAAAGUAGGUAUGGUUGAUUCACACGACAGAGUCAAGGACCAUUUACUCUUGCAGCCUAGAUUCCCUUUGUUUGGUGGUUGGAACUACAACUUCACUCUUGGUUGGAACGGAAAGUUGGCUAACCAUGUCCAUAAGGUUAGUGGAACUGAUGACCAAUACAUUGCCAAGGUUCCAUUGUUGAACGCCGUCAGAGACGUCACCUACAACAACACGUACUUGGUAUUCUACUUGCCCGAAAACGCUGAGUUUGUCAAUGUUUCAUCUCCUAUCGAUUUUGAAUCCUUAACCGUAGACAAUGAAUUGUCUUACUUGGAUGUUUCCAAUGGUCAUGUCAGAGUCACGCUUCAUUACAAGAACUUGUUUGAUGAUGUGCACAGAUUGGACGUGUUGUUCAUGUAUAAGUAUACACAAUCCAGCUACUUGUUGAAGGUGCUCAAGAUCUCGGGCUUUGUUUUCGUUGGUUUGAUCAGUUACUACUUGUUGGGCCUCGUGGAUCUUUCUAUCGAGGACAAGAAGAAGGACUAG